GGAAAGAGGAAGGGAGAGCGACCUUUAGUGUGUUUGUGUCUCUGGUGCCACGACAGAGGACCAGCCUGAAGAGGAACCGUGGUAAAGAGGGUGUGACCUUGUCUUGGGCGAAGACAGAGGUCUGGCAAUGUAGCCAAGAGGUCAUCUGGGAAAUGCGUUGGAGUGGCUGCCUCUCGUUAAUCCAUUCUCCUGUCCUGUGGGCGCUGGUCGCUCUCCUCCCUGCUGCCUUCACCGUGGUCGUGGCAUCCCCGAGCACGGGGUCACGCCCCCCUCCCCAGCCGCCCCCCAACAGCACACUGCUGUUUGACAAUGUCGACAAUGCCAACAGCCUGCGCAACUGCAGCUGCGCAUCCGAGAUCCAGGACUGCAACAACGCGCUGGCCAACCUGCUGUGCAGCUGUCACACUGUGCUGCGCUCCUCACUGCCCCCUGCUGGCCUCAGCGUGCAGGGUGGCCUAACGGUGUGGGUCCAUGACGCUUGGCUGCUGCGGGAGCUGCUGAACGGCAGCGCGGUGCAGGAUCUGCGCUUGUCCGCUUGCAGUCCCGCCCUCUUGAUGCCACUGGCCCCGCCGCCAUUUCUGGCGCUAUUUGGUCUGCGCAGGCUGCGGGUGUACAGCUCCACUCCUGGUGCCACCCACCCUGAGCAAACACUCACCAUCUCCACCGAGCCUGGGAGGGAAGAGAGGGGGGAGGUGCCCGAGUCGCCGGGGUUUGCCAAUCCCACUCUCUUGCACGUCUCCUUCCUGGACGUGUCCCUGCUCAGUGGCCUGUCCUCCCUCAAGGCCUACAGCGUGAGCAGCCCCUCUGCUGCCUCAAUUACCCAGCACUUCCCCCAUCUGCCCCUGCCCCGCACAACCUUGCACUCCAACCACCCCCUCCAGGACUGUCUCCUUACCUUCAUCUACUAGGACUAGAGGUGGCGCGAUCCUGGCCUUUGUUGGGGCCGAGUUGGACGGUCUGGGGGUCAGAGGUCAUGGAUUUGGACCCCACGUGGGCCUCCCUGGGAAAUAAUCGACAAAGCGAGCAGGCGAUCUCUUUGUCUACCUGCAAUAUUCCGAAACAGGCAGACGCUGGUGAUGACGGUGAGUCACGAAGACGGGACAGAAGGACAAAGCGUACCUGGUGCACAGGAAGAGCGAACGAGAAUAAGAAGCGGCUCAUGUGUCAUCUUCGCCAAGGAACUUGCGGUUGGGGCAUUCAGGCCGAGCGGCGCCGUGGUGGCCGUCGACGGGGAGGGGCUUGGGAAGGAGAGCGGGAGAGUCAGCAGCACUCUUGUGGGAUGAUCUCAGUCCAGAUGGUGGUUGUCAGGCUGCGAUCCAGAGCCUCCGCUCAUUCGCCGCGUACAGCGGUCGUCUCGAUCGAGACGGCGAAGCCCUUCGCGUGAUAAUUGUACCAGGAGCCAAUGCCUCUGCCCUGCACUCUUCGUUAUUGGCGUCUUCUGGCGUACACGUGCGUACAGUUGUUUCUGUCCAUCCAUGCAAUAUAUGUUCUAGUCCCCAAACCCCAUCUGCACAGCCAACGCAACAGUGCACAACCAACAUAAUCACUACAAGAAAAACAGCCCCAGUCAUCACUGCAACAGGGGUACGGGCACAAACACAGCACCAGGCAGAUAAAUGGGAUUUUUCAUUUGGGUAGUGUCACACAUCUCUGCAUUUCUUGAACAUCUUCCCCAUGCUUUGACCAAACAAAUCCACCACAAAUCACAGAGCCUGGGUUCUCACAGGGCCAGUCAUCUAUGCAAGGUUACCUCCCAUCACCUCCUCCACAGAGAAAGUCCCACAGAGACUUUAUUAGCACUGUUUUUACAUUUAUUCACUUAGCAGACACUUUUCUCCAAAGCAACUUCCAAUGA